ACUUGAUGAUGAAGAGUUGGCUGACCUCCGUGAUCAGUUUGCUGCAAUUGAUGUUGAUAAAAAUGGUUCUAUUAGUCUCGAAGAGAUGAGACAGGCCCUUGCCAAAGAUCUUCCUUGGAAAUUGAAGGAUUCGCGUGUUUUGGAGAUUCUUCAAGCGAUUGACUGCAAUACAGAUGGGCUUGUGGAUUUCACCGAAUUUGUUGCUGCUGCCCUGCAUGUUCAUCAACUGGAGGAACAUGACUCAGAGAAGUGGCAACAUCGUUCACGUGCUGCUUUUGAGAAAUUUGACAUAGAUAGAGAUGGGUAUAUAACACCGGAGGAACUUAGACUGGUAAGUUUUAAUUUCUACGAGAACACACGAAUCCUUCU